AUGGAAAUAAGAAUUGCAAGGUCUCAUCUUCAAACACAGGGAAUGUUCUUUUCAAAUAUUUCAAGAACAUUAGGAUGGGAAAGCGCUAAGAAACUUCCAUUUAAUGUGGCUGCCCUGAGUUCUACACGGGACUUUCACAGAUUGGCCUCUUCCUGUCAAGCUUUUACUGCAGUUUAUCGUAGAAGGCAUUUUAUCAGUAGAGCGAAUUCUAUGCCGAUUAGUUUACAGGAAUCUGCAUCAUAUGGAGAUAAUUCUGUUGAAGAUGAGAAUCCAUCUAUAGACUCAGAGGAGAUUUUGGCAAAACCACUUACCCGUGAACAGAUAAUGGCACUGCUUGCUGACACACAGAGAGCAGAACUCACCAAGAAGCUUAGUGAAGCCAACCAGCAAAAUCGGUUCCUAAAAAGACAGUUGGUUGCAAAGGAGGAUGCGUUGGUAAAAUUCAAAAGUGAACUUGCUGUCAUGGAGCUUGAAAUCCAGGCUUUGGCCAGACUAGCAGAUGAAAUAGCUCAAUGUGGUAUUCCGGAAGGUUCAAGGAAGAUCAAUGGAAAGUACAUUCAUUCUCACCUUGUUGCAAGAUUAGAAGCUGUAGAUGAACAACUGAAGGAGCAAAUAAAGGAUGUUGAAGUGGCACAAUCAAAGGAGGUUUCUGUGUUUUGGAUUGGUAUGGCUGAGAGCGUGCAAGUUAUGGGAACCUUUGAUGGCUGGAGCCAAGGAGAGCACCUUUCUCCGGAGUAUACUGGUUCUAUCACAAGAUUUUCAACAACAUUGUUGCUCAGGCCAGGAAGGUAUGAAAUCAAAUUCUUAGUAGACGGUGAAUGGCAGCUGUCACCAGAGUUUCCCAUUAUUGGUGAAGGGUUAACGAAAAACAAUUUGUUAAUUGUUGAAUAA